CCCUCCCCCGGCCGCCGCGCCGCCCGCAGGUGCAGCCGCGGCGGCCGCCGAGUAGGUGCGUGGGGAUGAUCUCACUCGCGCGCUCCGCGCCAGGAGGAGGAGGAGCGGGAGCAGACCCAACUUCCGGGUAGUGCCGCCGCACGCCACCGGCAUCUUGCUGUUCCUCCCCCUCCCCCCCGCGGCACCCCUCGCGUCUCCCUCCUUUCCUUUAUUCCCGGCCCCACCUGCCAAAAUGAACAGCUCGGACGAGGAGAAGCAGCUGCAGCUCAUCACCACUCUGAAGGAGCAAGCCAUAGGCGAAUAUGAAGACCUCAGAGCAGAGAACCAGAAAACAAAGGAGAAGUGUGACAAAAUUAGGCAAGAACGAGAUGAAGCUGUUAAAAAACUGGAGGAACUUCAGAAAAUUUCUCACAUGGUUAUAGAGGAAGUCAAUUUUAUGCAGAACCAUCUUGAAAUAGAGAAGACUUGUCGAGAGAGUGCUGAGGCUCUGGCGACAAAGCUAAAUAAGGAAAAUAAAACAUUGAAAAGAAUCAGCAUGUUGUACAUGGCCAAGCUGGGACCAGAUGUAAUCACCGAGGAGAUCAACAUCGAUGACGAAGAUGUCAGCACCGACCCAGAAGGCACCGCGGAGACCUGUGUCUCUGUGCAGUGUCAGAAGCAGAUCAAAGAACUUCGAGAUCAAAUUGUAUCUGCUCAGGAGGAGAAGAAGAUACUAGCAAUUGAAUUGGAAAAUCUGAAGAGCAAACUUGCAGAAGUAAUUGAAGAAGUAAAUAAAGUUAAACAAGAAAAAGAUGCUUUAAACUCAGAAGUUCUUGAACAGAGAAGAGUCUUAGAAAAAUGCAAUAGAGUGUCCAUGCUGGCGGUAGAAGAAUAUGAGGAAAUGCAGGUAAACCUGGAGCUGGAGAAGGACCUUCGAAAGAAGGCAGAGUCAUUUGCACAAGAGAUGUUCAUUGAGCAGAACAAGAUGAAGAGACAGAGCCGUCUUCUGCUGCAGAGCUCCGCUCCUGACCGGCAGCUUCUGAAGGCUUUGGAGGAAAACGCAAAACUCGUCCAGCAGCUUGAAGAAGAGAGAAUUCAGCAUCAGAAAAAGGUGAAAGACUUAGAAGAGCAGCUCGAAAACACAGCCCUCCACAGAGAGAUUCGCAGCCUCAAACAGCAGUUGGGGCUUCUGGAAGAAGACAAAAGAGAAUUGGAGUUAAAAUACCAGAGUUCGGAAGAGAAAGCCAGAGAUUUAAAGCACUCCGUUGAUGAACUCCAGAAACGUGUGAACCAGUCUGAGAACGCGGUGCCUCCGCCUCCCCCACCUCCACCACCGCUCCCCCCUCCUCCCCCCAACCCUAUCCGAUCCCUCAUGUCCAUGAUCCGGAAGCGAUCCCAUCCCAGCGGCAGUGGUGCUAAGAAGGAAAAGGCAGCUCAACCAGAAACAACUGAAGAAGUCACGGAUCUGAAGAGGCAAGCAGUUGAGGAGAUGAUGGAUAGAAUUAAAAAGGGAGUUCAUCUUAGACCUGUGAAUCAGACAGCUAGACCGAAGGCAAAGCCAGACUCUUCAAAAGGCUCCGAGAGUGCCGUGAACGAGCUCAAAGGCAUACUGGGGACACUUAACAAAUCCACUAGUUCAAGAAGCUUAAAAUCCCUUGACACUGAAAACAGUGAAACUGAGUUAGAAAGGAUUUUGCGUCGCAGAAAGGUGACGGCAGAAGCAGAUAGCAGUAGUCCAACCGGGAUAUUAGCCACCUCAGAGUCCAAAUCCAUGCCAGUGUUGGGUUCUGUAUCCAGUGUAACAAAAACAGCCUUGAACAAGAAAACUCUGGAGGCAGAAUUCAACAGCCCGUCCCCCCCAACACCUGAGCCAGGUGAAGGGUCGUGUAAAUUGGAAGGAUGCACGAGUCCCAAGGUUACGUUUCAGCCUCUCAGUAACACCGGACACAGGAGCGAGAGCUUUGGCCAUGAGCAGCGAGCGGGACCCGUUGUAGUUUUAGAUCCUGUUUCCACACACGAACCCCAAACCAAAGACCAGGUCACUGAAAAAGAUUCCACUGCACGCAAGGAUGGCGAAGAGGAAAUAAAACCGGAACACAAAGAAGACGGCAUUGAGAAAACGAGAGACGCAGACAGCUCCCACUGCUGAUCCGUACCCCGGAGGGCUGAUGGGUGCACAGACCCUUCCCGGAGGGGUACGCGAUCAGUUCUGGUGUGUUGGCAAGCGCCGUAGACACUCUGUUCUUGUCACUGUACUCAGAAUGCAGGCUCUUUUCUGGUGUCACUUUUGUAAGUAAUUUACCUAUUAACAUAAGUAAGCUCAGCAAAA